AUGACCCAGCCCAGGCGGUUUGGGCUUUUUCAGGUUCACCCAGAACCUACUGAUCGUGAGUCAACAGAGAAGAAGACAGUGGAUAUCAUCUGUAUGCAUGGCCUAGACGCCCAGUCACCAAAGACUUGGAUUGCUUGGGCCCGCGAAGUCGAUCCGUCAUCCGGGGAUGUCAAUUGGCUGAGCGAUGACCACAUGCUACCUGCUGCAAUGCCCGACGCCCGCGUCUUGACAUAUGACUGGAAUGGCAACUAUGACAAAACAGCCUCUCGGGAAAGACUUCUUGGCCAUGCGGAUACUCUCCUCAGACGCAUAGCAAGGGACCGUGAGGAGUUUAAACGAAAAGGCAUUCCGCUGAUCUUUGUUGCUUCUUGCUUCAGUGGUCUGUUAUUGGCGAAGGCUCUUGUUCGGGCGACCGAAAGAUUCCUUCCACACUGCAGCGAUAACCUCGAGAUUUUGGACUGUGUCGCCGGUGUAGCUUUCCUCGGGACUCCGUUUGGGGGUAGUUGGACAACCGGGUACUUUGUUGCCGAUCUUCGCGUAAACGCCGCGUCCGAUGCCUCUUACGAAUACAAUCGAGAACUCAUGGCGUAUCUUAGACCAGGAACAAUAGACGUCCCGAGCCCUCUUGAUGACCUGGUCAAGGAUUUUGCGCUAUUGAUUCACAACGAAGAUUACAAAAUUGGCGUAGUGUGUUUCUACGAGACACGUCACACAUACGUCUCUUCCUAUAUAAAAAGGCUGCCACCAUCUUACGCCAGCGAACUAGAUAGAGAUGGUCAUGGGAUUGUUGUCGAGAAGCAGUCUGCUUGCCUUCAAGGCGUCGAUACAGUCGGCCUCGAUGUCAGACAUAACAUGCUCCACAAAUUCAAUUCUCCACAGACCGAAGGGUUUCGAGAGUUGACUUCGAGACUUAAAGAGUUUCGAAGCAAAGCGGCGCUCAAUCUGAGGGCAGCUGCCAAACAACGACACGAUAAAUGCCUCGAGGUGUUGUAUUUUAGUGGGAUCAAUUAUGAACCAGGUCGGAUCCGCGAAGUAGACGAAACGACCUGCCAAUGGAUGCUUGAACUUCCUGUAUUUCAAAACUGGCACGGGGAAGGGCAUGGCGUUUUCUGGAUUCUUGGGAACCCAGGAAGUGGAAAAAGCACUCUUAUUAAAAACGCUAUGAAGAAAGACCGAGAACUGGGUGGCGAGACGUCAACCCAGAUCUUGUCGUUCUUUUUUCACAACCAAGGAAGGCGUCUCCAGCAUACAACGGAGGGCCUUUUGAGGGGGCUUCUGCGGCAGCUUCUUGUGAGGUGCCCCCGUCUAAUGCGGCCUUUCUGUAAGGAACUCGAUACAUACGCACCGAAAGGUUCCCAAGGUUCCCAAGAUUCGAGAUGGGCAGCACCAUACCUAGCGCGACUUUUUGAGGAAUCACUUGCAGCAGUUCUUGAACAUGUUGACAUCCGUAUUUUCGUCGACGCCCUUGACGAAUGCCGUGUUGGAGAAGAUGAAAACGACACUCAACAGAUAGAGGAUCUGGUACAAAGCCUUCGAGAGGUCGAACAAAAAAUGCGCACCAAACCGCAUAAGCUGAGCAUAUGCUUCGCUUGUCGACACUAUCCACAUCUGGCCCUCAUUGAGAACGAUCCUCAUAUCGACGUUGGCCAGGAAAAUGAACGGGCUAUUGAGCAGUACGUGCAACAAGAGUUGGAGCGGGCAAUUCAAGAUGAAAAUCGGAGGAGUAACCUUCAGACGGAGAUAGUCAAAUCCGCAUCUGGCAACUUUCUAUGGGCAAACCUUGUGACGGCGAAAGCUAUUAGACUACAUAUGUGUGGCUUGGGUGUUGAAGAAGCAAUUCGCAGUACCCCCAAGCAAAUCUCAGAAAUCUAUGCGGGCAUCCUUCGACGGCUGUCGAGAGAUACAUUCGAAAUGUCUCUCCAACUCUUCCAAUGGCUCUGCUUCGCACAGCAGAGUCUCCCCCUACGAGUGUUUCGUUAUGCUCUCAACAUCAACGUUAAGGAAUCAACGUGUUCCUCCAUCUCGGAAAUUCCUGAUUCGUUGCAGGAUGAUACUGACCGAAUGAUGGAGCAACUGAUCAGAACACUGUCUGGGGGACUAGCAGAAGUUAAGGGAAAGGAUGAAAAGGUCCUUCUCAUCCACCAAUCAGUUAAGGACUUCCUGAUAAAGGAUGGCUUUCAAAUUCUUGAUCCGAAGCAGAAUACACACCAAAGGGUGAUAGCAGGCGGGCACGGCUUGCUGCUCAACACAUGCCUGUGGUGGCUGACAGAAACUCGUUUGUCAACCCUCCUUCAGAAAUGGGUUGAUACUUUCGAUCCAUCAAUCAUCUGUCUGAUUAUGGAGAGUAAAGGUCCCGAGGAAUUGCCAGAUUAUGAUCGAUCCGAACAAUUUAGCCUCAGUGAUUUUGAUGUGCGUCACGAAUUUGUUGAGCUGGAGACCUCGGCCCGUCAGGACUGGCGAGAUUAUCUUGCUGAAUUCACAGACGCCUUCGACUUUUGGACAGAUGAUCAUCGAGAAGCCAUCGUUUCAUGCGAAUACAAGGAUUGGCAAAUAGCAGAUGAACUGGCCGCCUGUCACGUAAUGCAUGUUGUACUUUUGUCAUUUUUCCCUUCGUUUGCUCUCUACACAUACUCUCGGGAGUCCUGGAUGCAUCACGCCGUCCAGACUUCCGAUAAUGAAGGAGAGUCGGUCGUCAAACAUGCCAUAAGCAAUUUCCGUUCAAGACUAAACCCCCGAUAUGCUACGGUGUAUAACAGAAUAUCAUCUGUUCUUCAUAACGCAGCUACUCUCUCAGUCCCUUUCAUCCUAAGAGACCUAUUAGCCCCUAUGUCUAACAGUCCGCUAGACGUGAAUUCUAUGACUGGAUUAUUUGGACAUACCCCAAUGAUGGUGGCGGUAGAGUAUGAUGAGGUGGAUAAUAUCAAAACACUUCUCCAGCACGAAAGAAUUGAUAUCAAUGCGAGGAAUUUAGGUGGUGAGACGGCUUUAUUAGUUGCGGUAUUUGAGAAAAGUUCGUUGAUUGCUGACCUACUUAUCAACAACAAUGCCAAUGUCGAUAGUCAAGAUAAUCGAGGGCAGACCGCUUUGAUGUUUGCUGUCGAUAGGAACCAAUGUGACGUCAUUGAUUUACUUCUGGAGAAUGGAGCAAGUCUAUGUCUUGAAGACUGUCAUAAGGAAGAUGCUCUUGAUUAUGCGGACGAUGUAUGCCUAAGUUACAUAGCCCGCUGGUUUAUUAAGAAGAUUAGAAAGCAGGAGAGGGAGACCUGGGGUGAUCGAUAG